AAGCUAGAACAGUUAUUUGAAAACCACAAGUUUGAAAGCGGAUGUUCACCUCUUAAACUGGUGGAAGUGUGGGUGUAAUAGUGGAGACACCUUGUGGCGUCACACAAGGCUUCCUUAUAGAUGAUUGGAUGAAAUGUUUGCUGUAUACUGUUUAAAUUCACUACUUUCAGAAUAGGAUGUAUUCACAAUAGCAAGAAAAAAUAUCCAGAUCACACAGCAGACUGUGGAGCAACAAGUAUUGGGAUAAAUGGCCCAGGCACGUCACAUAUCAAUGAAGAAAACCAUUGUAUGUAUUUGCUUCAUUAGCCUGGUCCUGGGCUACCCAGUUCCUGACUCUCAUUCUGACAGCUCACAACAUGUUGCGGAUAACAGUAGAUCUUCAGAAUCCAGCUUAAGGAGCUCAGAACAGCAGUAUGACUCAAGUGAGGAAACAGCUGUUGAUCAACAAACAGAUGAAAUUAGUGGUGGACUACAUGAAGGCACUGUAGACCAAGAUUAUAUUUCAGCUCCUAUUGACAGCAUUGACAUUGAGGAGCAGCUGACAGGCAUCAGUGACGGAGGUAACCAAGAAGACGUUAAACCUACUCAUUCUGGUGAAUUACAGAGCAGCCAGGAAGACGAUAAGGAGAAAGAAUCCACUGACUAUGUUGAUGGAGGAGAUGCUGAUGAUGAGGAUGAUGAAUCUAGCAGCCUUGAAGACACACUAGACACUAUCACAACUGAUGUUUCAGAGGACAACAAACCUUCAAGUGAGGGGAGUCAGUUAGAACAUGACCUCAGUAAAGCAGGUGAACCUGGGGACAACACUGAUUUUGAAAAUAAAUAUAAGGAUGAUGAAGAUGAAGUCAAUGACAGCGAUGAUGAUGAAGAUCCUGAAAUAGAUACUGAUGAUGGUAAAGAUGCCGAGGAUGAUGAUUAUGAAGAUAAUGUAAACAUCAAAAUAGGGAAUAGCAAAGAGACCAAUGAAGACUGCGGUAAUGACAAUGAUGAAAGCAAUAAGGAUGAACAACUUCAAAAUAACUUUAUCAGCCAAGAGUAUAGCUAUGAAUCCAAAGCAGACAACAUGCAAAGUGAUGAUUCAAAUGCAUUCCUAAGCUCGAACAGUGACCUCAAUAUUAAAAAGGAUGUUACCAGUACCUCCUUAGAAAAAAGCAAAGAAGUUACAAGGAAUGUGAAGAAAGGAAAGCAGAAGACGUCUAAAAAUUCCAAAGGUUUGAAAGGCAAGGACAGGAAAAUUAAAAGUCUGGGUGAUUCUGACAUGCACAACAGCAAAUUUGGUGAGGAAAAGCAGGUGUCAGCAAAACAUGGGGGCUUAGACAACAGAGAUUCUAAAAAAACAGGUGGCUUGGAUACAGGGUUCCAUAGUGAACACGAACACGCAAACAUACAUGAUAGCCACUCAAAUGAAGAUAUUGAUUUAAAAGAAGAACUUAACUCACCAGAAGAUCAUGACUCACCACAGGACCCUGACUCACCAGAGGACCCUGACUCACCAGAAGACCCUGACUCGCCAGAAGACCCUGACUCGCCAGAAGACCCUGACUCGCCAGAAGACUCUGACUCACCAGAAGACAUUGAAUCACCAGAGGACACUCACUCAAAAGAGGAUGUCAACUCACUAAAGGACACUCACUUAGCAGCAGAUACACACUCACCAGAAGACACUAACUCAUCAGAGAAUACUCACUCAUCAGAGAAAACCAACUCACCAGAGGACACUCACUCAAAGGAAGAUGUGCAUUUAAAAGUAGGUGAUAAACAGUCAAAGGCAGGCACUAGUUUGUCAGAAGAACAAUCUAGUCCCUCAAAUGAGGAUGUCACCCAGUCCAAAGAAUCAAAAGAAGAUGUUACUAAGUCAGUAGAAGAUAUCACUGAUUUGGAAGAUAAUUUUAGUAAAUCAAAAGAAAUGAUCAGUGCGCUUAGCCAUAGUGAGUCCAAAGAAACACUACUAAUGAAAACAGAUAAUAAACAAGCAAUAGAAAAGGGAAGCAAAAGUAAAUCAGAGGAAGAUGAUACUCAUGACGAAUCAACAGAAGCUAAAAGUGAAUCAAGGGAAGAUACAAAGAGCAAAGAAGACUCUGACGAUGUGUCAGAAAAUGACAGUAAAUUGGAUGACUCUGAUACCACAUUAGAGCAAGUGGGAAGCAGUGAAUCAAAAGAGGCCAGCAAUUCCAAUAAAUCUUUUGAACUAAGGUCCAUGGUGCUAGGAAAUAAUACAUUGUCUGACAGUAAAUCUUCCAGCAAAUCAGCAGAACAUACCAGUAGUUCCAAAGAGGAAACCGAAGAGGACCAUGAGUCAGACUCUUCAGACCAGGAUAGCAAAGACACCACAACAUCUGACAGUGAUGACAGCCAAGAAAGUCAAUCCAAAGAAAGUAAUGAUGAGUCAAUUGAAGUAAGACAUAGAAGUGAAUCUAGUGAGUCAGAGGAAGAUAUCAGUAAAGCAUCAAUAAGUUCUGAAAUUGAUAGCAGGAGGUUAAUGUUUGAUUUUUACAACAGAAAAGCCAUUGGUAAUGAUAAUGACUGUCAGGAUGGUUAUUAGCAUAAAGAAGAAUUAAAACUCACAGUUACUGACAAUU